AUGGCCCUCGGGCGCCAUGGAUGCGACUCCGGCCUGCUGCGCUCAAGCUUGAUGGUGCCGUUCGACGAGAGCGUCCUCCUCUGGCACAUGGCCACGGACUUGUGCUUCUACGGCUACCACCACGACGACGCCCCUGGCCCUGGGGCUGGGUGCGCCGCUUGGUGCACGGCGUCUCGUCACCACCGAAAGGCCGCCCGGUGCAGGGAGAUGUCCAACUACAUGGUGCACCUGCUGUGUGAGAACCCCGAGAUGCCAUUGGUCGGCGCGAGGCGGCAUCUGUUCAACGACGCCCAUAGAGAGCUCUUUGGAAUCUUCUGGAAGGGAAGCAGACUAAAGGAUGAGAAGGAACUCGCGCAGAGAAUCGCCAAGGUGGAGCUCCCGCGGCCGGAUCCAGAGGAGGAUUCUCGACAAGGGGGAGGCUUCGUCCACGACGCCCGCGCUCUCGCUCAAGCCCUGCUGGCUUUGGGUGAUGACGAGAUGUGGGAGGUCAUCGAGGGCGUCUGGAUGGAGAUGCUCUGCUUCCCCGCGGGCAGGUGCAGAGGGUACCUGCACGCCAAGGCCUUGGGCACAGCACAGGCGGUGAGUUCCUCAACUAUGUCUGGCUCCUGA